AUGGUCGGCCCCUCCGACCAUGGCCACGGCCAUAUUUCACAUUUUUCCCGAGAACAGCCGACCGGGGAGACAAGUCCCCCCCAGUCCUUGUCUUUCUCGGUUGAUAACGGGGAACAUCAAAAUGGGCCCGAUGUGUUCGAAAGACGAGGCUCCGCUGAUUCCGGUGCGGGAGAUGGCCAUGCAGACGACGGUUUUGUACUCUCAAGAAGUGUGCAAGAUCCCUCUGAGGAGCUUCCGAUCGAGCUGCUUAGCUUGAUAGAUCGUUUUGUGAACUCGUUAGGUGCAAAGGUUCACAGCUCGCCUCCCACGAUUGAUAAAAUCUCCUCCCUCUUCCAGGUCUUCUAUGAUCGUUCCGAAUCCCAUAUUGCCACCCACAUAUCUGCUCUUGCAUCUCGUCUCAACCGUGAUACAUCCACGCAGACCUCCAAGCCCCGAGGCAGUGCCUUGUCCAAGCUAGGCAACAGCAGAUCUCAAGAUGACGUUCGGUCAAAUUUGGCUGGUCGACAAAUGUUGACAGCUUCGGAAGUUGCUGAAAGGCGAAAGGCUCGCAAGGCACUGGAAUAUAAACGUGUUGCGUUGGAGGAGGCUGCAGAACGACGGGUCUGUGAAAUGGUAUAUGACAAGCUCUGGAGGCAUAAAAGCACCUUGGAUGAUGUUCGAGAUGAGAAGCUUCGCUCGAAGACUGCUGCUCUGUUACUGGUUGGCAUUAAUCUGAAGGAUUUGGGCAUAGAUAUUGAUGUCUCGACAAUCGAGGAGAGCAAGCAACAGGAGGCCAAUGACUAUUUGGCUCAAGCCAGAGAAUAUCUGGAGAAGAUGAACGAUUACAAAUACCCUCUGGGCAAGCUUCAGCAAUUAGCGGCAGCUCAUAAGGCUAUUGUUGAUGCGUUAACAAAACUCUUGCCAUCGACCUCCUCGGCGGAUGAGAUUCUCCCAACCUUAAUCUACUCACUUGUCACUUGCCCAGCUGAGGGGAUUAACAUUGUGAGCAAUCUACUCUUCAUCCAAAGGUUCCGGACAUCCAACAAGAUAGAUGGUGAGACUGCUUAUUGCUUAACCAACCUUGAGGCAGCUAUUAGCUUCCUGGAAAACGUCGAGUUAUCAAGUCUACGGGCGGAUGAGUUGCAGGAAGGUCCUCCUAAAACACCAAUUGAAGUGACAACCCCAUCUUCAGAACGGUUGGACCCCUUCAGACCAAGCAAAGAAACAACUACGUUGUCAGUGACAACUGUUUCCGCAUCCCCCGAAAUCUCAAAACCAGAACCCAAGGAACCCCUCUCUGCCACCCUCCCUCGACCUCGUGCUUCUCCGACACCCCAACAGCGACGACUGAGCAAUAUUUUUCAACCACCCGCAAAGGUUCUUGAAGCUGCGAACGACGCAGUCCGCACAACCGCAGAUCAAAGUCUCAAGAAUAUCGGCGCCACGUUAGACAACUCAUUCAACUUCCUCUUCGGUCGUCUGAAAGAACUGCAGAACCAAGGUCCCAACUCCUCAGGAAACGGACCAGUGCUGCCAAAAACUUUGGCAGAAGCUCGUCGUCUUGUCGCUCAACCUCUUGCCAACAAACCGAUCCAAGACGACCUAGCUUCAAUCAACUCUGUGCCGUCUGACGACGGUACACAGACCCGAAGCAGCUCCAGAGCGACCGGUCUCACAAGUGGAAUCCUCACUCCUCGCGAUCGCAGCACCGAUAGUGCAAGAACCCAAGCAAGUGGCAGAAGAUCUAUCGCCCCAUCUAUUGCCCCAUCUCUCGCUCCAUCCCUACGAGACGAGCCUCCACAGAGCCCAUCAAUCAACACCCAGAACCCACUGGAGUCUAUGCGAAACUUCGGUAACUCUCUCAAUCCUUUGAAUCACAUCCCUGGGAUGAUCAAGAAUUUCGGUCGCAACGCUCCAAAUUCUCCACACACUCCCGAAAGUAUGAGCAAUCGCCCACUCUCUCCCGCCGCAAUGGAUCGUCUGCGAAUUUCACCUGCCUCAACAACCGAUACGACUAGUGUGGCUGCGAGCCCACAGCCUCAGCAGAAGAUCGAACCGCCCAUCCAGCGUUUCCUCGACAUGCAAGAUGCGGGGGAUCUGCGUAUUGGAGAUAUCGCUGCCCUGCUCGAAGACUACAAGCGUCUUUCGGCUGCGCUGCAGAAGUCCGGGACUACUAUGUCUCGUUAA